GAGAGGAGGAAGUGUAUUCUCGGAGUAUCGAAUAAUUUUCCGGAGGAUGCGGCGAAACAUAUCGCAAAACGAUGCUAAUCAUUGACCAGCAUUCCACGUGUUCCAACACGAUUGGCUCCUCCUCUCAACUCCCGUAUGAUGAACCCCUGACUCUCUCUCUCUCUCUCUCAUCAUCGAAAAGUCUAACAGGAGACUUCGAUUCCACCUCGGACCACCAUUCAUGAUCGGAUGAAUCGAACAACUGAUCCAAUCGAAGAAUUCUAGAGUUCUUUCGGUUUGUUGAACCUGAAUUAUGGACCCGUUUGAUGGUACCAGUUGGGAUCUUCUCGAUUAUAUCGUCGACGAUGUUCCAUCGACCGAUCUCUAUUGGGGAAGCCAAAGUGCUGAUGUGCAAGCUGAUUUUUCACUUACUGAGCCAAUGCUACAAGAUGAGGAUUGUAUAGAGAAAGAAUGCCCAAAGAAAAGAGCACGGAAUAUUUCAUGUAGCAGAUUGGGGACGAAAGCCUGUCGUGAGAGAUUACGGAGAGAAAAAUUGAACGAGAGGUUUGUAGAGUUGAGCUCCUUAUUGGAACCUGGGAGACCUCCCAAAAAUGACAAGUUGGCCAUACUUGGGGACGCCAUCCGAGUUGUGAACCAGCUGCGAGCUGAAUCUCAAGAAUCCAAAGAGACAAAUGAGAAACUUGUAGAAGAGAUAAAAAGUUUAAAGGCCGAGAAGAAUGAACUUCGUGAAGAGAAAGUGGUGCUGAAGGAGGACAAAGAAAGGAUAGAGCAGCAGCUGAAAGCUAUGACUGUCUCACCUCCUGGGUUUUUGCCAGCCCCUCAUCCAGCAGCGGCAUAUCAUGCUGCGGCAAACAAGAUGGCUGUUUUCCCCAGCUAUGGAUAUGUUCCGAUGUGGCAAUAUCUACCGCCAAAUGUUCUUGACACAACACAGGAUCGAGAACUCAGGCCUCCUGCUGCUUAGAAAAUAGUCUUACGAAUUUGUGCACUAUUCCUGGAUGCUUAAUGUUCCUAGUAAUCAGUUUUUUUUUUUCCCGUUGAACUUGUAAAUAUUGCUGCUAGUAUUUUGACCAACUGUGGAAUGUUCCCUGAUUGUUUGGCUAGAAUGAAUCUAGAAAGUUGUUGGAAAGAA